CUCAAAUUACGUAAAAAAAUUUGAAAAAUAAAAGAGGAAUUCAAUCGAGCCGCCAACCCUUUUUCGACGACCGCUGCGAGCCCCGUCGCCGUAGCGACGGCGGCGACGACGGCGUUCGUCUUUACAAACCCCUCGAAAUUGCUACGGAAUCUGCCGACCGUUAAGUAAUUUCUUCUUCUUCUUCUUCUUCUUCAGUUAUGCCAUGGCCUCGAAGCUGCUCCAGCUCGCGCCUCACGAAGCGGAGAACCCUCUCGAGCUCUCGCUCCGUCAAUCCUUCCGCCUCCUCGAGCCCGAGCUCAGGCCGCCCUUCCCCCUCAAGACGCGGACCUCCGACGAGUGCUCCGAUCUCACCCGCGCCAUCCUCUACGGAGCUCUGACCGAGGCCCGCCUCGCCAGGACCCACGUCAAGCACCUCCACGCCGUCGUCACCGACGGGUACGCGCUCUUCGCGACCCUGCUGGCUCGAAUCGUCGACGAGCUGUACGACAGGCUCGCCGAGGCGGCGAAAGCUCAGGUCCUGUGGGCCGCCGGCGAGAUGGUCGAUGUCGCCGCGGUAGGGUUCGGCGGAUUGCUGGUCGCGCUGUUGAGGCAGAUCGUCGGGGGCGAUUUUCGGGGCGGGAAUCUGUGGCUGUGUUUCGAGGUGGUGAGCCUGUUCUCGGGGAAAUGGAGCUGCUUGCUGGAGGAGGAUCCGUUGGUCUUGACCAGUGCGCUGUAUAGCUUUCUGAGGUUGUUGGCUGACCACUGUAGGGUGACUGCCGACUCGAAAUUGGAGGCGCUGAAGCGGUUGGAAAUCGAGUUUUGCGUUAAGAUGUUGAGGGAGCAGUUUGGUCUGUGUCUGAAGAUUGGGAGGGAUUUGAUACGGUUGUUGCAGGACUUGGUCCAUGUGCCUGAGUUUCGAGCAAUAUGGAGGGAUUUGGUUUCGAACCCGAGGGAGUUUGGGGUCGCCUGGUUUUCGGAUAUCGCGCAGAUAUAUUCCGUGAGGACUUCGAGCCGGUAUUUCUUGCUUCGGCUUACCCCUGAGGCAGAAACGCAAUUGAGGUUUCUGCUCACGCACGUGAAGCUCGGGAGCCAAAAGCGGCAUCAGACCUGGUUUGCCAGCAAGUUCUUUUGCACUCCGGAGAGAGAGACACUCAUAGUCGAUAUUGUUCGCUUCGUUUGUUGUGCGCACCACCCGCCUAGAGAAAUCAUUCAUUCUAAUGUUAUCCCGAGGUGGGCUGUUAUUGGUUGGCUUCUGAAGUCUUGCAAGAAGAAUUAUGUGGAAGCCAAUGCGAAGUUGGCCUUAUUUUAUGAUUGGCUUUUCUUUGAUGAAAGAGUGGAUAAAGUUAUGAACAUUGAACCAGCAUUGUUGUUAAUGGUUCAUUCUAUACCUCACUAUGUUGAACUAACGCACACUCUUCUUGAAUUUUUGUUUCUUCUCGUGGAUAACUAUGAUGUGGAACGCAAGGAUAUGAUAUCUAGCAGAGUUUCAUCAUCUUUUACUCUGCUCAUUAACCAAGGAUUGAGUCACAAUCUUGAAAAUUUGACAUCAGCUGAAAUACUUUCUCCACCUCUGAAGGAGAAGCUUAGGUGUUUGUUAUCAGAUAAAAGAGUUGGGAUUGCUCAAGAAAUACCACCAGCUAAAACUCUUGGUCAUUUAAUUCCCAUGGAGGUUGGAACAGCUAUUCCCGAGGAACACCUUACCUGCAUCCAGAAAGACGAAGUUGGGGCCAAGUCCGUCGAUGCUUCUGCUUCCAUCCCUUCUAGAUUAUUGACCAUCACUUCAGAAGUUCAAGAGAAUGAUAUCCAAAAAUUGGUCAAAGGUCUGGGCAAAGCAAUUAAGAGCUCACACGUGUCAAGUAUUCAGGCUUUAGAGCAAAUCCUUGAUUUGUAUAUGAACGUUGGCAGUGACUCGCCCACACAUUGUUCAAUAUCUCCCGAGGUUUUAUCUUCGACUAUAGCGAGGGAACUAGAGUUGAAUGGAUACAAACUCUUUGCACCUCUUGAGCAUCCACAAGAUUAUAUUGAUGAUGACGAACGCGAGUCUCCCACAACCUCAAUUAUUCGGAAAUAUCUCUCUUCUAAGAAUGAAAAGUUAGUUCAACUACUUUUGUUCUGGUCAAGGAAUGGUUUUCCUGUGGGAGCACACCUGUUAUAUUACGCAUCAAGAUUAGCUUAUGAGGCAGACAUGGCAAAGCAUAGGAUUCAUGAACUCACGGAAGAUGGUCUUCACAAGUUGAUCAACACUCAUGUGCCAUUCCUGAUGGGUCACAUUGAUUGUUAUCUCACCUUUUCAGAUAAAAGGCGGGAGAACUUUCCUGAACCACUUCUUGCUGCAGCUGUAUUAGAGAGAGAGUUAGCUGUUACAGUGGUACAGGAUGCUUUUUUCGCUUAUAGACAUUACCUUUUGCAUCUAGCAACCAUCCCUCCUGAAGAAGCUAAUAGAACUCUCUCAGAGCUUCUUGUUUUUGAUUUAACUUCUUGCUCAGAGUGGAAGGGGAUAAAAUGGCAGCUUUUAUUUCACGGUGUCUUUUCUCAGCUUUCUGAUUUAUCCAAUGGCCAGGAGCAUGCCAUUAGAUUACUUGUGAGUCACUUGAACAAUGGCGAUAUUGUCAAUAUAAAGUUUGAGAUUGGGCUAAAGAAGCUAUCCAUACUGGGGGAGAAUGUGGAAACUGUUCUUGGUUUAAUCCAAAGCUCCAUUCACUGGGCAGUUGAUGAGCAACAUAAGUUCUGGAGUCUGAUUAGGCUGGAACUUAUGGGUUCUCAGUUUCAACUGGAGAAGUUGAUCUUAAAAUUAUUUUGCUCAGGGGAAAUAGAUGCAGGCAAGAGUGCUAUUGCUGUGGGAGGCCUUUUAGAUCUGUGCUGUUCUCGAUUACCUACGGAAGAGCUUGUUGGUGCAAUCAUGCUGUUACCCAAUGAUGUGUUUCAUAACUUUUCUGCUACCGUCCUCCAAAUGUGGGCUGCAUCUCAUGCUUCAAUGCUGUUUACUAGCUUAGCUGAGUUCUCUAAGAAAGUCGAAAGCAUCAACAGAAAAUCUAUUUUCUCUGAAUCUGCUGAGCUUACAAUCAAUGAUUCUGCAGUUUUAUGGUUGUCCAAUUAUUGUGAUGCCCAAGGCUUGAGCAGGUCCAAUAUUUUUGGCAGCUUUCCCCAGAACACCCACGAAGAAAAUCAUAUGGUCUCAUGACACAAAGCUAAUUGGUUUCACUAAAGUCUGCAUGCUUUGAGUGCGCUGGUGCGGAUGAUCCUGAAGGUGUCAGACCGGGCAACAGAGAAUGUGCCAAGACUCGUGGCCAGAGGAUUUGAUUGGGAACUCCAAUGAUUUCACUUGCAGUAAGGUGGUCGUCUCAUUUUGACGAUGGUCCGAUACAAUGAUAGAGCUUAAUAGUUGGUGUGCGAUGAUGAAGCUUUAAACUGGUGAGAGGCUCUAAAAUGACAGUGAAGUUUCCUGCUGGAAUGGUCUGGAAUAUCCAAAACCAUAGAGAGAAUCACGAUAACUUCACAAAAUUCAUCCAUGGAAUGUCUAAAAGGCUUCCUGCUCAGGAAACUGAGGGAGAUUGAUCCUUGCUACCUUUGAUUGUGUCAUCUUGUAAGACAAGGAAAUUAUCCAGUUGUUCGGUGUCCUGCUUAUCAAGUAAAUCAAUGCUUUCUUUGACCAACGGGUUAUAGCUACAGGUUUUGCUGGGGUUCCAUUCAAUAAGCAGAUGAUUGUUAAGUUAAUGAAAUCGGUCAGUGGACAGAUCUGCAGACAACAUUUAUUGGUUCAUCACAAAAAUGCAGAAGAUUUGAUUCUGUGUUUAUGUUUUAUUUGAGAGGAGGAGGAAAUUUUGUUUGCAUUGAUCUUUGCAUAUUUCUCUUGUUGCCUCUGACUCUGGCUUUGCUUGUAUCCUGUAUGUAUAGACUGAUAUGACAGCGUGAUCAUCAUUUUGCCUACAGAGUUGGGGAAGUUGUUCAUUCAACUGUAUUUACAACUUUAACUUUAGUAUUUAAUUUUAUCUUUAUUCAAUAUAUUUUGUUUUCUUUCA